UAAACAUGGCUACAACCACCUCCUCCUCCUCUCUCUUCCUCAUCACCGUAAAAUCCGAACCGGCUGAGCCGGUGGAUCCGGAUCCGCCCCCGGCUCUCGACGGCAUAGCGGCAGUGGUGGGAUACCGCGCGCUUUUCGGAAAUCGGCCGAAUUCGAGAGAUCGAAAAAUUAUCGAACCGAACGCAGCAGCCACUACCGGCAAAGAAAAAGAAGAAGAAGAAGAAGAAAACGAUAAUGAUGAUGACGAUCCUCCUCCUCCUGCUGCAGGUGCUGCAGGUGCGGUUGCGAGGGGGUAUAGAGGGGUGAGGAAGCGGGCGUGGGGGAGGUGGUCAGCGGAGAUACGGGACCGGGUGGGCCGCUGCAGGCACUGGCUCGGCACCUACGACACCGCCGAGGAGGCCGCCCGCGCCUACGACGCCGCCGCCCGCGGCAUGCGCGGCUCGAAGGCGCGCACCAACUUCGCCAUCCCCGACGCCCGCUACAUCCCCACCCCGCUCUCUUCCUCCUCCUCUUUGUCUUCCACUAUUUCUAGUACUCCGUCGAGGAAGAAAAAUAAGUGGACGAAAAACAAGAAAAAGAAAGGAGGGAAGAUAUCAGGUGGGCCUUCUAGGGUGGUGACUUCAUUCGCCCAAAUUUUUAGCUCUCCUGCCGGCGGCGGCCAUGGAAGCAGGAAGCGCUGCAUCUGCAUGCCCCGCUCUAACUAGAAAUCCUCCACGUCAGCUUCUCAACUCUGACUCAGCCGGCCUGUCUUCAUCCAAUUCGUUGGCGACGCGUUUACAGAUCCCCC